AUUCCUUCUCGCCGCUCCUCAGCUUUGCCAGCACAGAAAAGAGAGAGUAGCAGGGAUGACGACGAGAUUGAGGAAGAACCGGAAGAAGAGGGGCCACGUGAGUGCGGGGCAUGGACGUAUCGGGAAGCACAGGAAGCAUCCUGGAGGACGCGGUAACGCCGGAGGUAUGCACCACCACCGAAUCCUUUUCGAUAAGUACCAUCCAGGGUAUUUCGGAAAGGUUGGUAUGCGAUAUUUCCACAAGCUACGCAACAGGUUCUAUUGUCCUAGCGUGAACAUAGACAAGCUCUGGUCCAUGGUUCCCCAGGACAUCAAGGAGAAGGUCAAGUCCUCCAAGGACGGCAAUGUUCCGGUGAUUGAUGUCACCCAGUUUGGCUACUUCAAGGUCUUGGGUAAGGGUGUCCUGCCUGAGAAUCAGCCCAUCGUUGUUAAGGCCAAGCUCAUAUCUAAAAUUGCCGAGAAAAAGAUCAAGGAGAACGGCGGAGCGGUUGUUCUCACCGCAUAGGUUUUCUUCGUAACUUUAUUGCUACUUUGGUAUGUUGUUAUUAUGGUUAUUGAUGGAUUUGGACGUCUUAGAUCUACAAGUUUUAUAUUGCUUAACAAAGAUAAUGAUCUCUUACAACUAUUUGUGGAAUAAUUUGCUCUUAAUUAGGUGAUUGUGUGAAUUACUUGGUCUUCUCA